CAUAGGUUCUUGUCUGCUUCCUCCUCCCGCUCAGCUUGCUUGCCUUCUCCGGAGGCAAACCGUAAGGGCGAGCCCUCAUUGGGGCUGCACCGCCUCCCAGGGCAGUGUAUCAGGGAGGGCUGGAUGUGUGGCCGGACGCUUCCUCAUGAACACGUGUCUAGGGAGCUCCUCCUGGCAUCCUAUCAUGAUGCCGGGGAGGUGUAGAGAAAACCGACCUCCGAGGCUUGUGGCAUCUGAAAGGACCAAAGCUUUUGGGUUGGCCUAACAGGUUUUUGUGGACUCGGCCCCCUAGUUACAGGUCACAUGCACCCUGAAAUCCUGAUUUGGAGGGCUAAGGAAUCCCCUGAAGUAGAGUGCCAGCAUCAGUCUCACUGCAGGUUUCAAUGUCUCGCAGCAUUUAUUUUGGGUCCGUCAUGACAAAGCUCAGCCUGGUGGCCGUGCUGCUUUUUAUAACAAGCUUAUAUCCAUGCUUAAAUGACAGAGUUGCUGAGUUUGCUUUGACAAAAAAAGAAGAGAGUGACUUAAAGGAGCAGAAUAAAAAAGAGUUAGUGGAGGAGGAGGAAGAAGAGGAAGAACUUGAUCCUGAAGACUUGGAAAUGUUUUACCCAACAAAUCAGUGGCAGACAGUCCGGCCAGGUCAGGCUGUUCCUGCUGGGUUACAUGUGCAAUUAAAUCUACAGACAGGAGAAAAACUAGCCAAGCUUCCAGAUGAUGAUCAUGGGAAAAAAGACCAUCCAGAAAGCAAAAGGCUGGGCCCCAUAGAUAUUGACCCAAGUUCAUAUACGACGCAAGAACUCAAAAAGGCUUUGUCUAAAAUGAAAAAAAGUAAGAAGACGGAAGACACACUGGAAGAAAAGGCUCAUCAGGAAGAUGUCAGACAAAGGUUUCGUCCCAUUGAAAAGCUUAAGGAAGAGUUCAGGGAACUCAAUGUCCAGAUGGAAACAGAGUUUGAAAUUAUGUUUAAAUUAAUUAAUAAAUUCAACAGUUCUUCUUCAACACUGGAGGAGAAAAUCACAGCACUUCAUGAUCUUGAAUACUAUGUUCAUCAGGUGGACAAUGCAAAAGAUUUACUUUCACUUGGGGGCCUACAACUUCUCAUUAAUGGACUAAACAGCACCGAACCAUUGAUGAAGGAAUAUGUCUCGUUCGUCCUGGGAUCUGCGCUCUCCAGCAACCCCAGAGUGCAAGUUGCAGCAAUUGAAGGGGGUGCGUUACAAAAACUUCUGGUUAUUUUGGCUACAGACCAGUCUCUGGCUGUGAAGAAAAAGGCUCUUUUUGCUUUGUCGUCAAUGCUGCGAAACUUUCCCUAUGCUCAGAUGCAGUUCCUGAAGCUUGGAGGCCUUCAGGUACUGAGAGAUCUCUGUACCGAGAAAGAAAUGGCACCGUUACAUGUCCGCAUUGUGACACUUAUCUAUGACUUAAUAGUGGAAAAGUUGCUGCAGAAGGACUUGCCUGGAGACCACGAUCAGACCCGUGAGAGGCUUGAGCAGUACAGCCAAGUGAACCUGGUCCCUGCCAUUGUGGAACAAGGCUGGUGCACCAUUAUUCCUGACCUCCUGAAGAUGCCCGAGCAUGACGCCAGGGAGAAGAUUCUCAAGACGGUGCAGGUGCUGCUGGCCUUUUGCAGGGAGAGCUACCUGGAGGAUCGUGGCCUCAACCACACCCUGAGUCUUCUUUGCCAAGAAUAUGAAGAGCUGGCAGCCGAAGAGCAAAAGGAAGGGGAAGAGAAUGGUUAUUUUAAGGAACUCCUUGGCUCUAUAAAUAGCAUCGCCCAACAGCUGAAAUAAAGACUCCUGCAGCCUUAGAGGAAUGUGAAGACUCCCUGGUUAAUUUGGAAAUAAUUCUGCAUAAUAAAACCAUUGAACAAA